AAAGCCUUCGAAGCUAAAGAUGUAACUGAUCAUGAGGUCGAGUCAAUCGAGCAGUUACCAGUCUCCCGCAUCAUCCAUAAUGGCUUUACUUCGACGCGUGGCAUUAUUAAUUAAACCCGCUCAAAUCAACGGCCGUCUUCUCAUUCACUCUUCUUUGCGACGUUUUCUCUUCGUCAAUAGUAGCACAAUGAAUGUGGCUGAUUUAAGCGAUGCUUACAGCGACACGCUGCAAUACGUGGAGGCGAACUUCCUCCGUAAUUAUGGAGGCAAGGCGAAAUUUGGAGGAAUGAUUUCUACGUUGAAAUGCCAUGAAGACAAUGUACUCGUGAAGAAAGCACUCAGUGAACCAGGGAACAAGCGGGUCCUUGUGGUGGAUGCAGGAGGGUCACUAAGGUGUGGCAUGCUUGGUGACAAUCUUGCUUCACUUGUGAUGAAGAACAAUUGGGCUGGUGUUGUUAUGUAUGGCUGUAUACGAGACUCUGAAGAGAUUUCAAGGAUGGAUGUGGGGGUGAAAGCUUUAGGCACAAUGCCAUUGAAAUCCAUCAAGAAAGGUUUGGGAGAAAGAGAUAUUGCUGUGCGGUUUGGAGGAGUGACAUUCACACCCGGUCAUUAUCUUUAUGCAGAUCUCGAUGGUAUUAUAGUGUCACCUAAAGAAUUAACUCUUGAUCAACCAAAAUUGUAACCAUUUUGAGUUUCGUUUAAUGCCUUAGUGAUUCUAAGAAUAAGAAUUACCUUAAUCUGUAUACUUUGUUGACAAAGUCAGUGUGAGCAUUGUCUGUUUUAUUGAAACUGAAUGUCAAAUGAUAUGACCAAGCCCUCAUUUUAUGUGCCUGUUAAAGAGGAACCAACUUUUGAUUUCUCUGUACCCAGGGUUUUAGGCAGUGGAGACAAUACAAAAGUGACAUGGAAAAGGACUUGCAGAAGAUGUACAACCUUUUUUGCUUUGCCAAUUUUCUAGUUGCUGCUAAAAACUAAAAGCCUUGAACAAGCUAAUUUAUUGCAAUCACUGCAGAAUAAAUUAAUUCUGAAAAUGAUGAAAUGUUUUGAACAGUCUCUAACCUGCAAAAUGGAAAGCAGUUCUUGCUAUGCUUCCUUUAGGUUUGAGUGUUAAAUUACCAGUAUACUAGAAGAUGUCCUUAAGAAUUAUUUGUUGUCUAAUGUUACUUCUCAACUCCAAUGAUAAUUGAGGGUGCAAACAAUGAGGAACUGGUCAUAUCUAUGUUCUUGAAAUUAUUUUCAAUAAUGUUAGGGGGGAAUAUUUUUUUAAAACAUGCAUCUAUUUAAUUCUGUGUAAAAUGAUUACAUACUUUGGAACAAAAUUA